UCAGGCCCAAUCUCCCAACUUGGCUAUCAUCUUCCAACCAUCAACUCAUCCCAAGACUACCCACCCGUUAUUCGAACCCAACUAGGGAGCGGCCAACCCUCCAGACCCUGAAUUUCAUUACUCAUUUGCCUUUUUUUUGCUCCUCUUCUGUUUUCGUGCUUUGGUGGGUGAUCAUUAGUGUUCUCGUUGAAGACUCAACUGUUGAUAAGAUGGCUCCUCUGCCCGGACGUUUGUAUGCCAAGGCCGUGUUCACGGGCUUCAAGCGUGGACUCCGCAACCAACACGAGAACACCGCUCUCUUGAAGGUGGAAGGCUGUCAAGGCAAGAAAGAGGCUGAGUGGUACAUUGGCAAGCGUUGCGCUUAUGUCUACAAGGCUAAGAACAAGACCUCCAUCCACGGCAAGUCCGAGAAGAGCCACAUGCGUGUGAUUUGGGGCAAAGUGACCCGCUGUCAUGGAAACACCGGAUCCGUUCGUGCCAAGUUCGCGCGCAACCUCCCUCCCCAAGCCAUGGGAAAGCGAGUGAGGCUUAUGAUGUAUCCUUCCAGGAUUUAAAGCCUUUGCCCAUCUCGUGAAAAUAAACGUCUUUGAAACAAGAA